AUCGGAACACUCAAAAAUGACUACUGUCCGAGCAAUAUAUUAUCAAUAUAUUAUCUAGUUAGAGAAGACCGCAUCUACUCCAUUCCAUAGAAGUGUUGGCCGUAAAAUCGCAGAGGAGAUGGAACAUGUACAUCUUGCUGCUGAGGAAGAUGACCUGUACUCUGGCUACAACGACUACAAUCCAACAUUUGAUUCAGAGGAGCUUGACAAUGAUGCUGGUUUUCAGCAAGCAGUCAGGACAAGCCAUGGGAGAAGGCCCCCCAUGACUGCCAAGUUUCCUGGCACUGCCAUUGGAGGACGGGCUUUGGGGACCUCUUUUGGAUCUAGGAUGCCCAUGGCCUCAUCUAUGGGCAGACCCAUGACUGGAGCUGUACAGGAUGGAGCAGCUAGGCCUAUGACUGCAGUCAGAGCAGCAGGCUACUCUUCAGCCAUGACCAGAGGGUCUACAUUUGACCCACUGGGUCAGUCCAAAGGACCGGCUCCUCCAUUGGAGGGCAAAAGUGAAGAUACGCCGGAUGAGAAGGUGAAGAUCCUGGAGAAGAAGGUGAACGACCUGAUAGAAGAGAGCUGCCUGGCACAUGGUCAUGGAGACCUACAGUUGUCCCUUGAUAGAGCCAAAGAGGCAGGGCGGAAGGAGAGAGCGCUGGUGAGACAGAGGGAGCAGUCAGGCAAUGCAGACCACAUCAACCUGGACCUCACAUACUCUGUCUUGUUUAACUUGGCAACUCAGUAUGCCAACAAUGACAUGUACGCGGAGGCUCUGAACACUUACCAGGUCAUCGUAAAGAACAAGAUGUUCAGUAAUGCAGGAAGGUUAAAAGUGAACAUGGCCAACAUCCACUUCAAGCAGAAAAACUACCCCAAGGCCAUCAAGUUGUACCGCAUGGCCCUGGACCAGAUCUCCAACUCCCACAAGGAGAUGAGGAUUAAGAUCAUGCAGAACAUCGGUGUGGUCUUCAUCCGCAUGGGCCAGUACUCUGACGCCAUCACCUCCUUUGAACACAUCAUGAGCGAGUGCCCCAAUAUUAAGACAGGCUUUAACCUGAUCCUGUGUUACUACGCCAUCGGAGACCGAGAGAGGAUGAAGAAGGCCUUUCAGAAGCUCAUCUGUGUUCCUCUGGGGAUCGACGAGGAAGACAAGUACAUCCCACCCAACGAUGACACCCAUGCCAACCUUGUUAUUGAAGCCAUCAAGAACGACAAACUUCACCAGAUGGAGAGAGAACGUAAAGCCCUGGCUGAGAAAUUCAUCAUGACAUCAGCCAAACUCAUCGCCCCAGCCAUCGAGGCGACGUUCGCCGCCGGAUUUGACUGGUGUGUGGACAUGGUGAAGAGUUCCCAGUACGUAGAACUGGCCAACGACCUAGAAAUCAACAAAGCCAUCACCUACCUGAGACAGAGGGACUUCAACCAGGCUGUGGAGACUCUGAAGACGUUUGAGAAGAAAGACAGCAGAGUGAAGAGUGCUGCAGCCACUAACCUCUCCUUCCUCUACUUCCUGGAGAAAGACUAUGACCAGGCUGAUCGCUAUGCCGACCUGGCCAUGACAGCCGACCGCUACAACCCAGCGGCGCUCAUCAACAAGGGCAACACAGUGUUUGUGAAGAAGGACUAUGAGAAGGCUGCAGAGUUCUACAAGGAGGCUCUCCGGAACGACUCGUCCUGCACUGAGGCCCUAUAUAACUUAGGUCUUACUUAUAAGCGUCUGGGGCGUCUGGAGGAGUCUCUGGACUGUUUCCUGAAGCUCCACGCCAUCCUGAGGAACAGCUCCCAGGUCAUGUGGCAGCUAGCCAACCUCUUUGAGAUGUUGGAGGAUCCUCACCAGGCCAUAGAGUGGUUGAUGCAACUGAUCACUGUGACGCCCACAGACCCCCAGGUGUUGGCCAAACUGGGAGAGCUCUACGACAGUGAGGGAGACAAGUCUCAGGCGUUCCAGUACUACCAAGAGUCCUUCAGAUAUUUCCCCUCCAACAUUGACGUUAUUGAGUGGCUGGGGGCCUACUACAUUGACACUCAGUUCUGUGAGAAGGCCAUCCAGUACUUUGAGAGAGCCACACUAAUCCAGCCAACUCAGGUGAAAUGGCAGCUUAUGGUGGCCAGCUGCUACAGAAGAAGUGGAAACUACCAGAAAGCCCUGGAGACUUACAAAGACAUCCAUCGGAAAUUCCCGGAAAACGUUGAAUGCCUGCGUUUCCUGGUGAGGCUGUGCACAGACAUGGGGAUGAAAGAGGUCCAGGACUAUGCCACCAAACUGAAGAAGGUGGAGAAGAUGAAAGAGAUCAGAGAACAGCGGGUGAAGUCGGCGAGGGAGGGCAGUGCUCGAGGCACCCGGAGAGAGGGCAGCGCCAGCAGUGUCUGCACUCCAGACCCUGUUCGCCACCUGCCAAAGAAGGACAGCGAGGUGGAUAUCAAAGCAGUCUCUCACCCUGAGCCUAAACACAGUCCUUUGCUGGCCCAGGGGAGAGACAGUGGACACAGCAGCCAUGGCACCAGCGCCAAGGGGGAGAGGCUGAGCGCCAAGAUGAGGGCACUGCCUGGCUCCAACGAACCCUACGAGGCCAGCAGCCAGCGAGACAUAGAUGCCUCCUACGUGGAUCCACUGGGGGCUCCGAUGGAGAGACCAAAGACUGCAGCUAAGAAGCGCAAUGAAGAGGACGAGUUUGCUGAUGAAGAGCUGGGAGAUGACCUACUACCGGAGUAGCCAGCUGCAGUUCCCUGCUUUUCUCCUCCACUCUUCCUUGAAGAUUAAAUGAGUCGGGUAUUCCUAAAAAAAAAAGUUUAUUUACAAAUGGAAACUGAGUGUGACUCGAGCCUCCCUUAUACAUUCAGACAAACCUAUGGCGUAAACUGAGAUGAUUAUUUUCCCAUAUGCGUGUCUGGAUGCGUUUAUCAACUUGAAACUUUGUGGAAAUUCCAUUGUCAUUAACUCUAUGCUACCUUCAGGAUAGUAAUACAGUUUUAACACAAUUUAGAGGCUCUUCAUUUAAAUGAAUACUUUAAAGGCUACAGAUGUUUAUAUUCUUUUGCAAUGUAAUAUUUAUUGUAAUUUGCUACAGGCAAAUUCUGUGUUAGGAUUGAGGUAAAAAAGCACAUGUAUCGCUCUGAUUUGUCUUGUGAACUAUUUUCAAAUGACUUAAAUUAGAAAAUGAUUUUUUUCACCAUACAUUUUACCCUUGUUAAUUGUGGCUGUGUAGCACAUGGUCUUUUAUUGUCCAACACAAGGUGCACGUGUGUAAUGAUCAUGCUCUUUAAUAUGCCACACCUGUCAGGUGGAUGGAUUAUCUUGGCAAAGGAGAAAUACUCACUAACAGACAUGUAAACAAGUUAGUGCACAUUUAAAAUAAGCUUUUUGUGCA